AUGGCGCCGCCGCCGCAGCUGACAGCAGAAGCCCUGGCGGAACUUGCGGGCUGGGGCACGGGCGAGGCCAGCGAGGCCUCACCGCCCAGUUCUCCAAGGUCCUUCGUAUUGAAGAAAGAUGUGCCCAAGUUGGAAGACCUCGAGGAUGCUGAUGACAGCACGGCGCCUGGCAGUCCGCAGUCCCUUCAUCUGGUGGAGCCAAUGAGCCCAGAAGAAGGUGCUAGCUUCCAGGGUGCAGCAGCUUCCCAUAACAUUGCAGGACAGGACAGCCAGCAAAAGUCUCCAACUCCGACUCCCGAGGACGCGCUGCGCGAAGCUAUCCGCAAAGCGCUGCUGAGGGCCUGGCAGUACUCGUAUCCGUAUGACGACAAGAUGCUAGGCCCUAGCGUAGACCAAGUGGACCGGGAGUGGCACCUCUACAGGACUCGGCCACGCCCGCGAGGUCCUCCCGGAUCCUGGAUCGUGGUUCCGCAGCGCAAGCCACGCAAGGACGAGACACAGCGGUCGCUGGACAAGCAGUUCAAAGAGAAAUCGAAGCUCCUUCAUGAGCGCACCCAGUACAGAAGCACCCGCCUGGCGAGCCUUCCAGAGGUGCUGCCCAAGACGGGUGUGCGCACUGUUCCACGUCUUCCGAACAGGCCGCCGUGGCGCUGA